UGAAUAGCCGGAGCGAUGUCCCAGGCUACGUGCAGCCUGUGGAGGACACUCGCCGACUGCUGUUCAGACCGUCUGCUGCUGAUGCCUCGGUGCCGUGUCUCCCGAGUCACUCACAGUCGCCGAAUACCAAAUGAGCACCACAGACGGUUUAGACGAUUUUCUCACAAAAGUGGGAACUGGUAAAUGGAACUAUCUUUUUAUCGCUACUUCUUUCACAUAUUCGGGAGCCCUUCCAGUCUUCCUGAUUGGUAAUGAGUUCCUGAAUGCCGUGACGUCAUAUUCUUGCGACAUUCCCAACAACAAUCGGACUAGACCAAUGAAUGGCUCCCAGUGUGAGAUGAUAGAAGAAGAUUCCAAUGGGUAUGAAAAAAUUAUGCCCUGUGAGAAGUGGAUCUAUGAUACGUCUGUCUUUCAUUCUACCGUAACCAUGGAUUGGAACCUGGUAUGCGAAAGAGCCUGGCUUUCUCCACUCUUCCAGACCAUAUAUUCUGUUGGAUGCUUCCUGGGAGUUAUUUUGGCUGCAAUAACAUCUGAUAGAUAUGGUCGACGAUGGUCUAUAAGAGCUGGUUCUGUGUUUACGGCAGGCUUCACCAUAGUGCUGUUGAUUUCACCAUGGUUGUGGCUCAUCAUGUUGGCUAGAUUUCUCUUAGGUAUAUUUAAUGCAAUCCUGAAUGGCAACGCUUUCAUGAUCUCCAUGGAAGUGUGCAGCCCAAGUAUGCGACCGAUUGUAGGUAUCUUAUAUAGCUUGCCUUAUGCCUUGAUGGUAAUAGGCCUAUCUGGGUUAGCUUAUUGGAUCAGAGAAUGGCGUCUGCUUCAAGCUGUAACCUCUUGGCCUUGUCUACUACUUCUAGUGCUUGUGUGUUUCAUAGAUGAAUCUCCUCGGUGGCUCAUCGUGAAAGGGCACCUAGAAGAAGCCGUCCAGAUUCUCCAGAGAGCUGUGAGACUCAAUCAGCCGAAAUUUCCUCAAGAUUUGGAUGUCAGUGCUUUAGUUUAUUCCAUACGUCAGAGACAAAAUGAGAGGACGUCUCGACUCAGCCAGAAAGACAGCGCCCCAGGCAACACUCAUGACUCAUUUUCAUCAACCGGGACAAACAAAAUGAGCCUAAACAAACCAGACAAUUAUUUAGAUCUUGAUGAUGGCAUUGGCCCAUGGUGGGCAGGACCGGUGGCUCUUGUGAGAACUAAAAUCAUGGCGAAAGUGACUCUGGGGCUAAGUGGCAUGGUUCUUCUGCAAGGAGUUGUGUACUUGGGAUUGCCAUUAAGCUCACGUUCUUUCAAGUCUCCUUUCCUCUACAUUGCCUUGCUUGGGGCCUUGGAGAUCCCUCUUUGCAUCCUGGCAGGCCCAGUUACAAGACGGUUUGGAAGGAAACCGAUCCUCGGCACCUGUCUUACCAGCUGUGGAAUUCUUCUUAUUUUAACUGCAGCCCUCUUGCUAGCAGACAUCAAAGACGAGAGGGUAAUUAUGACAUUAAUUCUGACAGGCUUCCUGUUUGUGGCUACGGCUUAUGCAGUGAACAUCCUAUAUGCUCCUGAAUUAUUCCCCACUACCUUAAGACCCUGGGGCACGGCUGCCUUCGUUCUAUCUAAUUAUGCAGGCUUCAGCAUCUCUCCCAUCAUUGUUGAUUAUGCAGAAGACCUCCUAUGGGUUCCUCCUGCAGUGAUGGGGGCCUGUUCCAUCGUCUCUGGAUCACUGCUGUUCCUUUUGCCAGAGACAAAUGGCCGAAGCCUUCCAGAAACUAUAGCGGACCUACACAGGGCGCGGGAAGAAGAAAGGAACUUGAAGUUGAGCAUCUAUAAGAAAGAAAGCCGUAGCCCUUAUUACCAACUAGAUUGACGGAUUCCUUUAGAAAGGUCCCUCAAGUUGACAACGCAAGUAACACGGUGAUGGGCACCAUACUCGAGCAAGACAGAUGAUGGUCAUCGCCCACUGGUGUUCCUCAGCAAGAAGCUAACCGCAGUCAAACAAAUAUGUACUCCACUUUUGACAGGGAGCUCCUAGCAGUCUACAAAGCCUUCCGCCACAUGCUCAAGGGACGAAAAUUUGAAGUGCAGACAGACCAUCAACCAUUAGUGCACACCUUCAUGAAAUCAGCAGAUGCAUGGUCAGUGUGGCAACAACGGCAUCUGUCAGCUAUAGCUGAAUGCUCCUGCACCAUCAAGUACUUGAAAGGUUCAGCAAACACUGUGGCAGACGCACUAUCAAGAAACUGUGUCAACACCAUCCAGCUCGGGAUAGCCUGUCCCGAAAUAGCAAAGGCCCAAAGAGAUGACAUGGACCCACAGUGACUGGGAUGGGACAACCCCACCCUUACAUGGAGUGACCGGUCAAUCAACAAUAGAGACACAACCAUCGCCCACCAAAUGAGUUCAGUAUGCCCUUGCCCUUACUUGCCAAAAGGCCUAAAAACAAAAGCCUUCACACUCGCCCACAACCUGUUCCACCCAUCAGGCUGAUCAACUGCCUGAAUCAUAGAAGAGCAGUACAUUUGGUGGAGGAUGAAAAAGGAUGCAAAAACUUGACAAGAGAAUACAUCGCUCGGUAGACAUCCAAAAUCACAAGGCAUGUCAAGAGCAGGAUAGGGGAGUUUAACACAACACACUGCCAACUUGCCCACAUCCACGUCAACAUAGUGGGACCCCUACCCGCCUCCGAGGGGUAUAGAUACCAAUUUACCAUCAUAUACGUACAGGAAUACCUGGUGGCCAGACGCAAUACCAAUAUGACAACAGAUGGCAGAAAGCUGCAUGAAAGCCCUCAUUGAAUAGGUCAGUAGGCAUGGAGAUCCCCAGAUUAUCUCCAGUGACAGGGAAGCCCACUUCAUGUCCACCUUGUGAAAUGCCCUCACAGACAGUCUGGGGACAAAAAUUAACACACAUGACAGCCUACAACCCAGAAGUUAACAGCAUCAUCGAGAGGCUACAUAGCUCGUUAAAAGCAUCACCCAACACCAGAUGCCAAGGCAGGAGCUGGAGAAAAGAAUUACCACGGGUCCUACUGGGCCUGAGAAUGACACCACAUGCAGCAUUCAACACAUCUCCAGCAGAAGUCCUAUACACCCAAGCACUAACAUUGCCAGCACAUGCCUUUCAAGACCAAAGAAGCCCAACAUUACCAUCUGACACCCAUAAGCAAUAGAAAAGAUAAUGCCAGUGAAGAUUUGCCAAACGACCAGAAAGGCAUACAUCCCCAUCGAACUUCAGAACACAAAAUAUGCAUUCAUACAGGUAGAUGCACACAGAACCCCACCUCUCCCUAGCAUACUCGGGACCAUACAUCACCCAGAGAGAACUCAAGACAUACCAGAUGACAGUGGAUGGCAGAACAACAUGGGUUUCCAUUAAUCAUCUGAAACCAACAUGCAUACCAAACACUGACCUGCAAACAUAGGCCUCUCCAAGGGUGUGGAGAGGGAGUCCUGUAGAGUCCAUACGUGGACCAAACACACCUUCAUCAUGCCGGCCAUUAAUCCUACAACAAUGACCCUGUGCACCAACAUACAGGCAAAAGAAACACAGCAUCUCUCAUACAUCUUUUGUACAUAUAUCUGCUUUAUUAUUACUGUCAUAUUCAAUGUAUUUUCAUCAUCAUACGCAUUGCACUGUCAGCUUUCCAGCCUUCUGAAUAUUAACUUCAGUCCUGUAUCAUGUAUUGAUUUAUAUGUAUAUUUCCAUCUGUCAACAAACAAAAGUGAUUGUGUUUAAUCCCUGGUUCUACCUGCCUGAUGUUAGGUGUUACAUUUCUGCUUGCAAGAGCCCUUGAUCUGUGCGUAUGUUCUCUGAAUAAAUUAGUAAGCUGUGAA